CGAGAGUUGAAGGUUGAAACUUCUGUCAAAACUGUCAACAGAGAAAGAGAGAGAGAGAGAGAGAGAGAAAGCAGCAUCGAUUACAGUUUCAUUCAAACAUUGCUUCGUGUGGACAUCGCAGUAGUUAGCGCAUGCAUUACCGUCAUGACUGGUACAGUCCGACAGAUCACUGUAACUUCUGAUCCAGACACCCCCUACUUCCUGCAAGUGGACUGGGCCGUAGACCUGGGUGCUGGGUUCACAUUAGCUCUCACCGAUGGCAACUCAGCAUGGAUCGGAGAAGUGUCAGAAGAUGAGGUGACAAGAGAAGCCAAUGAUAUGGGAGUCACAACAGAAAGAUAUGUUGAGGAUCUUCUUCAAGCAUUAACGGGAUGUGAAGGAAGACGAGGGGGAGGAAGGAGAGGAGGCGACAAAGAGGUGUAUUCUUUCCACUUCACUCCAGAUCACUGUCAUCUCUCGUAUCAGAAGAUAUGUAAUGACAUCUCGGUGCACUUGGGUUCUGUGGAGCUCCAGCCAGCUCCAGACCCUCUACAGCUUAACCGGGAGAUGAUUGGCCAGUCCCUAAAGCACAGUACUGAUCUGGAGUCAGACAACUGCAAGCUGUUGGAGGAGAACCGCCGACUGAAACAGGAGCACCAGAGAAUACUCAGAGAGCUGGAGCAGCAGGUUCGGGAUAAGGAGAUUUUGGAGAGGGAGCUGUACUCACGUUUUGUCAUGGUACUGAACGAGAAGAAGGCCAAGAUCAGAGGCCUGAAGGAUGUUCUUCGCCAGCUCCAACAGAUCGAUGACCAGCGGAGAGAUGAGGAAGGGAGACGAGGUGGCAAUGACACAACUCAUGGUGAAGAUGACAGCCAGGACAGAAGAGAUGAAACAGUUCAGAGCAUCCAUCCAUCACAGGAGCCAACUAUCCUCAUCACAGGUCGCAAUCUGGUGUGCCAGGGCAUCUCUGUGGACCGGACUUUUUCUGAUGAUGAAGAUGAACAGCCGAGUUGGAAGCGGAGGUUGCUUCACACCCUAAGCCCAGACUCAUCUGAACAGGAAUAAAACCGCAGAUCCAUCAAGAACUCAUCAUGAACAGGAAUAAACCCCUAAACCUACGGCUUUCAUGAUGAACAGAUUUUCUUGAGCCAUAUCCAGUUAUGUGGGAAGCUGCUUUCAGCAACCCUCACCUCGAUACACACAACCAAAACAAUGACAACCGGGCAACAGUGUCCUGGAGGUGUCCCCAGAUUUGGUGCCAGAUUUUGUCCCAGAUAGUGAAAGCAAUUUUCAGAAAGCCAGAGCAUGUUACUGCCAUCUGGUUUGCUUUAACUGUGACAAUUACCUGCCACAGGCCUCAUGAGAGACUUGCUGCUUGUCUCUAGUUAGUAAAUCAAGAGACGAACAAGUAGUGACGCUAUCUUUUCCCAAACGGUCCAGACUGCGUGCUCGAUUCGAUGCUGCCGUCAAGACUUUGCCCAGAUGCGUUAGUGGCCCAUUGAUAGCAGUGACUUAACGCCCUCAAGUGCUUCCUCAGGAACUGAUGGCGUUGCUGCUAAUGACUUGGACAACAUGGUAGAGAAUCUGGACCAGGAGUAUGGAAGCAAUUUCUCUCAAGAGGUCGCCCUGAGCUUGAAUUUGGCCGCCGAGCCCCUUGGCCUUGGCUCUGUGUGAGAUCGGAGAAAGAGUAACAACUACUGAGGGACAACAGGCUACACCCAGAAAACAGGGUGUCACCAACAAGGCACCGAAGCUGCUUUGUUGCUGCUUAUUCAUCAUGUCCUGCUGAUGUUUUCCUCCCUCUUUUCAUUAUGAAAAUAAACUAUACGCCACCUCUUUCAUUUCCCUUUCCUAACAUAGCAUUUUGCGAACAAUAAUUUGACCUCCCCCAUUUUUCUCAUUUCCAUUUUGCCUUUUUAUCCUGUGGAUGUUCUGUGGCUCAAACUACCUGAGGGGUGUUUUGUAGAGGGUUAAUAGGGUUAUGUUGUCUCUCACCGUCUUCACCUCCUCACCUCUUCCUUUUACCUCUGCUACCAGCUUGAGGUCCUGAGGUCAUCACAGUGUGUCUUCACACUGACACUAAUGAACCUAUGGAGACCUGCUCAGGCCCUUUAUCUGACCAUUCUACCUUUGACUUCUGGACCUUCCUGCUGUCUUUUAUGGUUCUGAUGAUACCUAUAUGUCUGCUGAAGACCACGGGUAGCCGCCAAGAUAAUCCCAUAACACGUGCUUGCUGGUUUAGUAAUCCCCACAGGAAUGUCACACUCUCUCCUCUGCAUCCCAUCAAUAAGGCAUUGUAUAAAGGGCUGUGCAAUGGAGGGUGAGACAAAGUGUAAAAGAUAAGGAGACUAUACUGAAUAUUUCAGUCAUUCAGAAUAUUAUGAUAUCAUGCUUUGUUAUUAUUAAUUGUUUUUUUCUUAUUUUGAAUAGAACCUGGUGGUAAUUAAAUACAUUCUAAAUGUUUCUGUUUGUAUUUUUUUUAUACAUGAAGGAGAAGAUGUCAUAUUUUAAUAUGUGAAAUACUGUAAAUGUUAUUCAAAUGUGAUCUGGGUAAAUAUCUGUAAAAUGUGUUAAUUUCAA